AUGCAUUAUGAAUUUGUUGUCAUGCCGUUUGGUUUGACUAAUGCCCCAGCUGCUUUUAUGGAUCUAAUAAACAGAGUCUUCAAACCUUAUCUUGACAAGUUUGUGAUUGUCUUCAUCGACUAUAUUUUGAUAUACUUAGCAACUGAAGAAAAGCAUGAGCGACACUUGCGUACAGUACUGCAGUUCUUUCGAGAAGAGAAGUUGUAUGCUAAAUUCUCAAAGUGUGAGUUUUGGUUUCAUGAAGUAGUCUUUCUCGGACAUGUGGUGCCUGGAGAAGGAAUUUGUGUGGACCGAAAGAAAGUUGAAGCAAUCAUUGACUGGGAACGACCCAAGAGUGUAUCCGUAGUUCAAAGUUUCCUUUGUUUGGCAAGCUAUUACCAAUGUUUUGUUAAGGGGUUUUCUCAGAUUGCUAGACCCUUAUCACGAUUGACUCGUAAGGAGGUAAAGUUUGAUUGUGAUAAGAAAUGUGAGAAUAGUUUUCAAGAAUUGAAGAACUGCCUGACUUCAGCGCUAGUGCUCAGUCUGCCUACCAGUGGUUCUCAUGAAGCUCCUUCCCUAAAGGUGGAUCCUUCUGAGAAUGACUCUUUAUUUUUAGAUUUUGCAAAUUAUGAUGACUAUACACCCAUCCUUGAUGUUGAUCCCACCAUGGAAAGCCCUCUUCCACAAGAAACUCCAAAGAUCAUGACAAACUAUUCUUUCUCCUCAACACAGAGGACUUCACUCCAAUAA